CUGGUAUUUCUUUGGCUGCUGUGUUGCUCGAAAUGACUGCAAUUAGUUUUGUACUGCCCGUAUCUGAAUGUGAUUUAUUAUUAACUACAAAAGACAAGGGGAUGCUGAGCAGUAUCGGAUUUAUCGGAAAUGUUGCUGACGCUCCUUUUUGAAAAACUAAUCAAACUAAGCAAAAAUUGUCGAGCAGGCAUUAUUGUCUCAUCGUUUUUAUGGGGCUACUUGGCCGACACGAAAGGCCGACAAAUUGUCAUGAAGUGGUCGUUAUUGCUUGCUUUUAUCGUUUCCGUUGCAUCAUCAUUUUCCAACGAUUUUUGGUCGUUGCUCAUCUUAAGGUUCCUAACCGGAUUCUUUGUUUCCGGUGGCUAUGGUCCAGCAUUCGCUUAUAUUGGUGAAUUUCACACGGAAAAGAACCGGUCGCGGGUAAUUUUGUACGCAUCGAUCAUUUUAGGACUUUUUACCUUAGUCUUGCCACUGGUGGCAUGGCUCGUUAUUAACCAAGAUUGGAUGUUCGAUUUUCCUGCCAUACAAUUCACUUACAAACCGUGGCGAUUGUUUGUCGUUGGCUGUUCUAUGCUAAGUUUAGUCGCUUUCGUUAUCUUAUGCAUUCUACCAGAAAGUCCGAAAUUCGUCUUGAAUAACGGCAAUGUGGAGGGAGCUAUUGAAAUCAUAAAGACGGUUCAUCGAUGGAACUGUGGAAAAAGUGCCGAUCUGGAUCACAUUUAUGGGCUAUACGAUGAAACAGCGUCAGAGCAUGAACAGGAUGUGCGAAAGAUGACAUUGUUCGCAUCGAUUUGGUUCCAAAUCAAGCCUCUGUUUUUGCCACAACAUUUAAGAACGACGGUGCUGAUCUGCAUUUUAAAGUUUAUUGAAUUUGCCGGAACUAAUGGAUUAUACGUCUGGAUACCUGAAGUAUUAAAUCGUCUGGCCAAGAAUGACGUAGACUAUCCUGGCGAACGGAUACGUAUGUGUGAUGUUGUUUACAGGUACCGACCGAACAUCACGUAUUUGGACGAUAACAUUGUAUUCUCAUCGGAGGUAAUUGCGUUCUCGAAAUUAUGA